AUGCUUUCUGCAGUUCGAUCUGGUCGUUUAAUACAGCGUUUGGCUGUAGGUGGUCGUGGCCCCCGUCAGUUUAGCACGAGCACUGUGGCUCUGGUGGCCGAUAAAUCGAAAUAUGUCCCGAGUUCGGGAAUUUAUCCUCAGGGAUAUAAAGUAGGAGCUAUUCAUUGCGGUGUCAAAAAGAAUGCCGAGGCUCUAGACUUGUCUGUAUUGGUUUCGGAGACACCAUGUUCAGGAGCUGCUGUGUUCACCACCAAUAUUUUUCAAGCAGCUCCUGUUCAGGUCUCUAAGAAAGUCCUAUCAAGCACCAAAGGCACAGGAAUCCGGUCGAUUAUCGUUAAUAGUGGCUGUGCCAAUGCUGUUACUGGAGAAGGCGGUUUAAAAGACGCGGAGGCCAUGGUUUCUACUACCGACAGAGUAGUUGGAGUCACAUCAGGACCGGCUUCAUUGGUCAUGUCUACAGGAGUGAUUGGCCAGAGAUUGCCUAUUGACAAGAUCCUAAACGGCAUUCCAUCGCUCAUUGAAUCGAAUCUUGGUACAGACCACAAUGCGUGGGUCACUUGUGCUCGAGGCAUUUGUACUACUGAUACGUUUCCCAAACUCACAUCCAAGGAAUUCUCCAUUGGAUCUAACACAUACCGCAUCGCUGGUCUCGCUAAGGGUGCAGGUAUGAUCCAUCCUAACAUGGCUACUUUACUAGGAUUUUUUGUGACUGAUGCUCCUGUUUCACAAGACGCCCUUCAUGACGCUCUUAAAUAUGCUACCGACCGUAGUUUCAACUCCAUCAGUGUUGAUGGCGACAUGUCGACCAACGAUACCAUUGCGGCUCUUGCCAAUGGAGCAGCUGGCGGUCCUGUUAUCACUAAAGACAGUGACUCAUAUGAGGUUUUGCGAUCUGUUAUCACCGAGUUUGCUGAAGAACUCGCACAAUUGGUUGUUCGAGAUGGAGAAGGAGCUACUAAAUUCGUGACCAUCAAAGUCGAGGACGCGCUCAAUUUCGCCGACGCCAAGCAAGUGGCAUCAUCCAUUGCCACAUCUUCACUCGUCAAAACCGCUCUCUACGGCAAAGACGCCAACUGGGGCCGUAUCCUGUGUGCCACGGGCUACGCCGGAGUUCCUGUCGAGCCAUUCAAGACCAGUGUCUCGUUCAUUCCCACCGACGGCACUGCCGAGCUCAAACUGCUCGUCAACGGCGAGCCCGAACAAGUCGACGAAGAACGAGCCAGCGAAAUCCUCGCGCUCGAAGACCUCGAGAUCAAAGUCUCCCUCGGCACCGGUGGCGGAGCGUCGGCCAAAUUUUGGACCUGUGACCUCAGCCACGAGUAUGUCACCAUCAACGGCGACUACCGCAGCUAG